UUUUUUUGUGUUGAAUUUUGUCUUAAUAAAGCACAAAUCUUUUAUUUUUUAUAGAAAGAAAAAAGAGUGAGUUUUUUUUUUCUUUAAUUUAAAAGAUUUUCUAUUUUGAAAAUUUGUGGCCCUUCUUUUUCUCAAAGUUUGGAUCAGAAGGUGUGUGUUUUAUGAGGUUCUGUCUGUAAUUAACUUCAAUUUUGAAGCUUUUUGGCAACACUUGCACAAAUUAUAUUUUCUAAACAGAGAAAAGACGUUUCGUUCUAAAUUGGAAUUUAGGGCUUUCUUACUCUUUCAAUCUCUCUGUUCUCUCAAUCUUUUUGCUUUCCACCACUUUCUGGUGUUUACAGAACCCAAUUUUCUAGUUUUAAUGUUUCCUUCUUUACAAUGUGAAUCUUGAGGUCUCUAGUAUAAACUUUUAACGUUUUGAUCCGUAUUAGGGUCUUGUAAUUGAAGGGAAUAAGAUUACAAUUAAAAUGAUGUUAUCGGAGUCACCGGCGUCAACGGUGACAAGGAGCUCACUGGAGGAAAUGCUGGACUCAAUAAGGCGGAGAGAUGAGGCAAUGGAGAAGUCUAAAGACCUGCCACCUGCUUUGCCAGCUCGGCCAACCUCAAGGGCAAGACUUCCCUCUGCAAGAAAAUCACUGCCUACAGACUUUAAGGUUGGUGCUAAUGGUCAAUUGGAAAGCAAAGUGGAAACUGUUGUUGAAGUUGAUAAAAGGAAGGAUGAUACAAAGAGGAAGGAGAAGGAACUUGGGCAUAAGACAGGAAGUUUUGGAAGUAAGAAGAUGCGAAAAGAUCAGAAUUGUGUGGAUUCAAAUCCUUAUGCAGAAGAGAAGAAUGAGGCAGUUAGAGGGCCUGUUAUUGCUUCAAUGUCCAAGGCAGAAGAGCCAGACUGGGACGACAACAUUGGUUAUUUUAUCAAGAAGAAACUACGCAUUUGGUGUCAGCUUGCAAAUGGGCAAUGGGGAUCAGGGAAAAUACAAUCAACUUCAGGGGAUGAAGCAGUUGUUUCACUUUCAGCUGGAAAUUUCGUAAAGGUGUCCACAGCAGACCUCUUGCCUGCAAACCCAGAUAUCCUUGAGGGUGUGGAUGAUCUUAUAAAGCUUAGUUAUUUAAAUGAACCGUCAGUCCUUUACAAUCUUAAGCACCGGUAUUCUCAGGAUAUGAUUUAUAGUAAAGCAGGGCCAGUUUUGAUUGCUUUCAAUCCAUUUAAAGUUGUGCCACUUUAUGGAAAUGAAAUUAUCGGGGCUUACAAACAAAAGCUUGUGGACAGUCCUCAUGUUUAUGCCAUAGCAGACACUGCUUACAAUGAGAUGAUGAGAGAUGGAAAAAAUCAGUCCUUAAUCAUAAGUGGUGAAAGUGGGGCUGGUAAAACUGAGACAGCAAAAUAUGCAAUGCAAUACUUGGCUGCUCUUGGUGGUGGCUCUGGUGGCAUAGAAACUGAAAUUCUUCAAACCAACUGUGUGCUUGAAGCAUUUGGAAAUGCAAAAACCUACAGAAAUGGCAACUCCAGUAGAUUUGGAAAGCUGAUUGAAAUUCAUUUCAGCUCAUUGGGGAAGAUAUGCGGUGCUAAAAUACAAACUUUUCUGCUUGAAAAGUCGAGAGUAGUUCAACUGGCCAAUGGUGAAAGAUCCUACCAUAUCUUUUAUCAACUAUGUGCUGGUGCUCCAUCAAUCCUUAGAGAGAGAUUGAAUCUUAAAAUGGCUAGCGAGUAUAACUAUCUUAACCAGAGUGAGGGUUUGGUAAUUGAUGGUGUUGAUGAUGCCCUGAAGUUUGAAAAGCUUAUGGAAGCCCUGGAAAUUGUUCAAAUUUCUAAAGCAGAUCAAGAACAGGCAUUUUCUAUGCUUGCGGCAAUAUUAUGGCUUGGAAACAUAUCGUUUCAAGUAAUUGACAAUGAAAAUCAUGUAGAGGUGUUAGCCGAUGAAGCUCUGACCAAUGCUGCCAGGCUGAUGGGUUGUAGCUUCCAUGAGCUGAUGCUUGCUUUAUCGACCCAUAGAAUUCGAUUUGGAAAGGAUGAUAUUGUUAAAAAAUUGACAUUCCGUCAGGCAAUUGAUAGAAGAGAUGCUUUAGCAAAGUUUAUCUAUGCAAGCUUGUUUGAUUGGCUUGUGGAACAGAUUAACAAAUCACUUGAAGUAGGCAAACUGCGCACUGGAAGAUCCAUUAAUAUCCUUGAUAUUUAUGGGUUUGAGUCGUUUAAGAAUAAUAGCUUUGAACAAUUUUGCAUCAAUUAUGCAAAUGAGAGGCUGCAGCAACAUUUCAACCGGCAUUUGUUUAAACUUGAGCAGGAGGAAUAUGAUGAGGAUGGAAUUGAUUGGACUAAAGUUGAUUUUGAUGACAACCAAGAUUGUUUAAACCUCUUUGAGAAGAAGCCUCUAGGGCUACUAUCUUUGUUAGAUGAGGAAUCAAAUUUCCCCAAUGCCACUGAUUUGACCUUCGCCAAUAAGCUUAAGCAGCACUUGGGUGGCAACCCUUGCUUUAAAGCUGAAAGAGGAAGGGCUUUUGUAGUUCGGCAUUAUGCUGGAGAGGUUGUGUAUGAUACAAAUGGCUUUCUUGAAAAGAACCGAGAUCCUCUACACUCUGAUCUCUUCCAGCUACUAUCAUCAUGCAGUUGUCGACUGGCACAGUUGUUCGUCUCCAAAAUGUCUAAUCAAUUCGUAUCCAGUUCCUUUAACCAAUCUUAUGGACUGGAAUCCUCAAAGCAAAGUGUUGGUACUAAAUUUAAGGGUCAACUCUUCAAACUAAUGCACCAGCUGGAGAACACCACACCUCAUUUCAUUCGCUGCUUAAAACCAAAUUCUAAGCAGCUCCCUGGUGAGCAUGAAGAUGAUCUUGUGCUACAACAACUCCGAUGCUGUGGAGUAUUGGAGGUUGUUAGGAUUUCAAGGUCUGGAUACCCUACCCGAAUAACUCAUCAAGAUUUUGCACAAAGGUAUGGAUUUCUACUUUCGAAUACAAGUGUAUCUCAGGAUCCACUAAGUAUAUCAGUAGCUGUUCUGCAACAAUUUAACAUACUCCCUGAAAUGUAUCAAGUUGGUUAUACCAAAGUGUAUCUUCGUACAGGCUCGAUUGCCAAAUUGGAGGAGAGUAGAAAGCAAGUUCUGCAAGGAAUACUUGGGGUCCAAAAAUACUUCCGUGGCUCUCAAGUUCGUCGUGAUCUAAAUGAACUAAAAAGAGGAGUGACAAUAAUACAAUCAUUUGUUCGUGGUGAAAAUGCCAGAAGGAAUUAUAAUUCUAUUGCAAACAGAUGCGCGUUUAGGAAUGAGGGACCUCCUACCAUGGUUGAUAAGAAGCUGAUGGCAGUCAUAUUCUUACAGUCUGCAAUUCGUGGGUGGUUGGCUCGGAAGCAAUUUAGUGACAAGCGCAAACUGAAAGAAUUACAUGAGAAUAUAAAUUCUAGAAGAAAGCAUGUAAAAAAGAUUUCGGAAGUGAAGGUCCUACCACAAGAGCAGGUUGAUAUUCAGGCUAUGAUUUUGACAGAGCUUCAUAGAAGAGUUGCUAAAGCAGAAGUAGCUUUGCUACAAAAGGAAGACGAAAAUGCUUCAUUGCGGGAGCAACUACAACAGUUUGAGCGGAGGUGGUCAGAAUACGAGACAAAAAUGAAAACAAUGGAACAAACAUGGCAAAUGCAGAUGGAAUCAUUGCAAGCAAGUCUUGCUGCAGCCAGAAAGAGUCUUGCUGCUGACAGCACUGCAGGUCAACAUGGAAAACUUGAAAGUUUUUCAUCACCUCACUAUUAUGAUUCCGAGGAUAACAUGUCUACAGGAGUUCAAACCCCUGGUAGCAACACACCCAACAAAAGUUCUAUUGCUAUUCCUGAUGUAAAAUUAGGGAGAGAGACUAAUGGUCCUAUAAAUGCGGUUAGCAUUCUGGCAAAGGAAUUUGAGCAGCAGAGACAAAAUUUUGAUGAUCAUGCCAAAGCAUUAGCUGAGGUUAAAUUAGGACAACAAUCAGCUUCCGACAAGAAUCCUGAUGAAGAACUUAGGAAAUUGAAAAUCAGGUUUGAGGACUGGAAGAAAGACUAUAAGGUAAGAUUACGAGAAACAAAGGUAAGGCUUCACAAAGUUGGGCGUGGAGAAGGUGAUAGAAGAACCCGAAGAUGGUGGGGAAAGAUAGGACCGAGAGGGUUCCAACGGUCCCAUUUUUGAUAUUAUAUUCCGCUUAGGGUGGGAGAGAGAGAGAGAGAGAGAGAGAGAGAGAGAAGCGGAGGAAAUGCAACAGAUAUGAUGUUACCAAGCUGCCAGUUGCUUUCCUUAACUGUAAGUGGUUGCUUUGCUUCUUAUAGAAAGAAUAAUUGAUCUUUCUAUGUUGUGAGAGUAGCAUAGUUGAUGAAAUUGUAUUUAUGCACCCACCAAACUGUUGAUUGGUGGGUCGAUUGGUGAUCUGUGUAUAGUCAAAUAGGUUUGUUGAGAGAUUUCAGCUCCACUCUCUCUUUUUUCUCUUUUUGGCAAAGGUAGGUUAGGCUAUUUGUAUAUAUGCUGUUAUCAUAGAUGUAAUCCUAAACUUGGUAGUACUAAGCAUGAAAAUAUGGAAGGAAAAAUGUUCAUAUUGCC